CGUACGCGAUGCACGGCGGCCCGCCACAGCGAGAACUCUGUCCCCUCCGCGCGAAAAGAAUCCACCACCGUAUAAGAGCUUCGCGACCCAGCGUCGAGAUUUCUCACGCCCAACUCCCGCACACUCGAAUUCCAGAGCCUCCUGCUCCGAUCCGCUCUUCCCUCCCAGUCCCCAACCCCAUGGCGACCGCCGCCGACGCGACGGGCAAGGAGGAGCCGACGACGAGGCCGCUAGCCACCGCGUCCCCGACCGUCCACCCUGCCGCGACCGACGGUGGCGCCAGGGACGGGGAGAUCGCGACCGACUCCAAGCGCUGGCGCUCGGCGCAGUACCUCCGGAAGCGCCGGUGCGCGCUCUGGUGCUGCGGCUGCUGCGGCGCCACCGUGGUCCUCCUGGGCAUCGCCGCCCUCGUGCUCGCGCUCACCGUGUUCAAGGUCCGGGACCCCGUCCUCACCAUGAACGACGUCACGCUGGAGGGCGUCCACGGCGACCUGGGCACGGCGGCGGGGCGCCCGGUGGCCGUGAACGCCACGCUCAGCGCCGACAUCUCCGUGAAGAACCCCAACGUGGCCUCCUUCCGGUUCGGCCGCAGCGAGACGGACUUCCACUACGCCGGGGAGACGGUGGGCGUGGCGUACGCGCCGCCGGGCGAGGUCGGCGCCGGCCGCACCGUGCGCAUGAACGUCACGCUCGACGUGCUCGCCGACCGCAUCUCGCCCGUCGUCAACGCCACCGACCUCAUCUUCGGCCAGGACUACAACCUCACGAGCUACACGGAGAUCGCCGGGAGGGUCAGCGUGCUGGGCAUCUACAAGAGGGACCUCGACAUCAAGAUGAACUGCUCCAUCACGCUGGAGGUGGGGGCCUUCACCACCGUGCAGAGCAAAUCCACCGCCUGCGUUGCAAACGUCAGCUGAUCCUUUCGGUUAGCAGGUCGUUAGCCGUCACCAUGGAGUCAAAUACUAGUAUUUUGUUGCUGCUAGCUGCCUAGCUCUGUGCCUUCUUUUGCCUUUCUCCCCUCUCCUUCUGUGUAUAAACAACGGUUGUGUAUUUAUGUGAUUUUCUGCAUUCUGAUGAGAGGAUACCUACAAGUUUAGGCCGUAUUUAAUCAACAUCGAUUCAGAGUGUUUGUGA